AUGUUCCUGGCCCUGGAUUCCAGUCCCACAGUCCGCCUUAUCAAGGCUCAAUUCGCGGCCGUGGUCGUUGCCGGUCCUCUUUACAGGCUGACUUUGACGAACGGUGUGCAUACCCGAGCUGCGGCCAUCGAAAUAGUGUUCAAUUGUUUUCAUGGCUAUAGGCGCAGCCUUGCCAGGCAUGGAAGCUCAUGGCUAAGACUCGGGCUUGCCAAGUACAGUAUUUUCCGACAAGCUAGGCGUAUCACUUUGAUGCAAGGCCCCCUUGAUGGCAUUGUUGACAUCAGUGAAGAAGCCUCGGACAAAGUGCGUGUCUGCGUCGCGGAGAUUCUGAAAGAGCUUGCUGCAUUGGGUAUGGACAUUCCCGCCAAUGCUGCUGUACCGUGGGAACGGCAAGAAAUGACUGCUGAUGAGCAAUGCCAAAUCUAUUGGCAUCUACUUCGAGCUUAUAUGCAUCAGGUUACGUUGUGCCGAAACCCACCUUCUGACUGCGAAGCAGAACAUGGCAACCCUGCCAUAAAUCUUCUCAAAUCUGGGACGCCCUGCAGUCUUGCUAGCGAUAUCUCGGCUGAGCUACUUAACAUCAAGUCGCUGAUUGAAACUUCGAAGGCUGAGAUGGUAUACGGCAUCUCCCAUCGCUUAACACGAGUUUCACAUGACAAGGUUGACAUGGGCGAUUGGCUGAUGAUUCCAUCAGAUGUUAUUGAGUCAUGGGAGACCGAUACGGGGCUUAGUCUGCAGACCGUAGUUUCUUCCAGGGCGCAAUAA